AGGCAAUAGUGAGUUGUGAUUCGUGUGCUCAGUUUUAAACUGUCGGAUAAUCAUGCCUCCGAAGAUCGAUCCGACUGAAGUUAAAAUCGUCUAUCUCCGAGCCACCGGAGGAGAAGUGGGAGCAACUGCAACUCUCGCCCCGAAAAUCGGUCCAUUGGGUCUGUCGCCAAAGAAAGUCGGUGAGGAUAUCGCGAAAGCAACCCAGGAAUGGAAAGGCUUGCGAAUCACCGUGAAGCUGACGAUCCAGAAUCGCCAGGCCGCCGUUUCCAUAGUACCUUCAGCAUCUUCGUUGAUCCUUCGUGCCCUGAAGGAGCCGCCUCGUGAUCGGAAGAAAGUGAAGAACAUCAAGCACAGCGGGAACCUGUCUUUCGAAGAUAUUAUCAGCAUCGCUCGAGAGAUGCGAGAAAGAAGCAUGGCACGGAAGCUGUCCGGCACUUGCAAGGAAAUCCUCGGAACUUGCCAGUCCGUUGGAUGUACGGUGGAUGGGAAACCUCCGCAUGACGUAAUAGACGCCAUUAACGCAGACGAAAUGGAUGUUCCGGAAGAGUGAUGAUGGUGAGUUUAAUGGGCUUCGAAGGCUUCUCUUUGAACUCAGGAUAAACGUUAGUAAAAACGAGAAGCCUUCGGAGUUUCGGUUGGGGUUGGCCUCCCAUCCAGGAUAUGGCGAAAUCGCAGUUGCGAUUCCGUUAUAUCUUUAUCAGUAGGCUCAAGUCAUCCGGCCACCGAGGGGAGAACCUCGAUAAAAAGUCAUGAAUUCAACGUUGAUGAAGCUUAGUAAAACAGCGUUUUCAUUUUUGCUUCUUUCAGAAACGUCACUUGACUUUCGAGACCGAAAUACAUCUGGGAAAGUGUG